AUGGAGGUUCCCAAGCUCCCUUCCAUGUUAGCCUGGUUCCUUUUGUUCUUCACCAUCAUCACCCAAUCAUUUUCUGCUCGAACACUUACUGACCCUUCAACAAACCAUCAUAAUGCUCAUCAAUCAAUCGCCUUCUACAUGCGAGAUGUUUUCAGUGAGACACAACCCUCAUCAAGGCCUAUAACCACAAAAUUCAAUGGUGAUCACCUACCUUUCUCAAAACCAUUAGGCUUCUUCCCUCCUAACGGAGGCUUACCACUCGCUGAUCCAAAUCCAAUGGUUCCUGUCCCCGGAAUGUCAACUCAAACGCUUGAUUUAUCUGGUGUCAGUGUUUCUUUUCCGGCAAUAGCCACUCUUCAGGAGUUGGAGUUGGGGACAGUGGCAACAAUUGAGGACGACUUGUUUAAAAAUUCAUUUGGAACUCCAUUGCUCGGAAAAGCACAAGGGAUGUAUGUUGCAAGUUCAGAAGACAGAAGCAGCCACAUGAUGGCAAUGACUGCAGCCUUUGUUAAUAGCAAUCAAAAGGAUAGCUUGAGAUUUUUCGGAGUGCACCGAGCAGAUGCAUUAGAAUCUCAUGUUGCAAUUAUCGGUGGUAUGGGGAAGUUUCACAAUGCAAAUGGCUAUGCAACGAUUAAGACUGUCAACGCAACCUCUAGCACCAAGGGAAGAGAAAGUGAAGGGGGCUAUAAGUUCCUCCUAUUCAAUGUUUAUCUCGGAUAA